UUCUGAUGUCAUCCUCCAGUCCCAACAAAGGGGAGGUGCAUGGAAGGCUGGGGGAGGAAACAAGAUCUUGAGCUGAGCAAGAACAUCCCAGCAUCUUCACUGACUUUAAAAGUAUAUUGUGGAAUCUUCUGUGGUUCACUAGUCCAGAGCUACAGAGAUUCCUUAUAUAUUACAUGGCAGGAGGUGUAGGUAAACUUAGUGGUAGGACAUCAAAUUAAUCAAGAACUUUCCUCAUAUCUCAGAACCCAUCCUCAGUAAAAAUGGCUGAUAAGGUCAACUGGUUACAAAGCCCAAAUGGAGUAUGCAAAGUUGAUGUUUAUUCACCCGGAGAAGGCCAGCCCCAGGACUGGAAAAUGGACACCUCAACAGAUCCUGUCAGAGUGCUCAGCUGGCUCCGCAGAGACCUGGAAAAGAGCACAGCAGAGUUCCAAGAUGCUAAAUUCAAACCUGGAGAAUCAUCAUUUGGUGAGGAAUUGGCCAACCCCGGAGACCCACGCAAAGGUUUCUCUGUAGACUAUUAUAACACUACCACCAAGGGAAGUCCAGGAAGAUUGCAUUUUGAGAUGAGUCACAAAGAGACUCCUUCCCAGGCUGGCAACAGGAGUUCAGUAGAUGAACUCUCCUUGUUUGCAAACCACCUCACAAAUCUAGUCAUAGCCAUGGCCCGCAAAGAGAUUGAUGAGAAGAUCGAUGGCUCUGUAAAAAAAUGUAUCCAUCAAUCAGUGUAUAUGGGGGAUGACCCCUCACCCCCAAAAAGCCUGAGCACAGUAGCUUCUGAGUUGGUGAAUGCAACAGUCUCAGAGUGUGUCAAGAACGCUAACUCGGACAAGGCUCCUGGCUCUGGAGACAGAGCCUCAGAAUCACAGAGUCCUCCAAAUCUGAAAUACAAGUCUACUUUAAAGAUCAAGGAGAGCACCAAGGAAAGCAAGUGUCCAGGUGACAAGCCUGCUUCUAAGAAGUGCUUUUUCUAUAAGGAAGUAUUUGAAUCUCGAAAUGCAGGAGAUGCCAAAGAGGGCGGGCGGUCCUUACCUGCAGAAAAAAAGAUGUUCAAAGGGAAGGAAAGGCCUGAUGACUUCACAGCGUCUGUUAGUCAAGGGAUCAUGACCUACGCCAAUAGUGUGGUAUCUGAUAUGAUGGUCUCCAUCAUGAAGACACUGAAGAUCCAAGUAAAAGACUCAACCAUCGCCACCAUCCUGCUGAAGAGAGUCCUGAUCAAGCACGCAAAAGAGGUUGUCUCAGAUCUCAUCGACUCCUUCAUGACCAACCUCCACAAUGUCACGGGAACUCUCAUGACUGACACAGACUUUGUCUCUGCUGUGAAAAGAAGUCUCUUCUCUCAGGGAAGCCAAAAAGCCACAGAUAUCAUGGAUGCCAUGCUAGGGAAACUCUACAAUGUGGUGUUUGCCAAGAAAAUCCCUGAGACUAUCAGGAAAGCCAAAGACAAGUCCGAGAGUUAUUCCCUCAUCUCCACGAGAGGCAUGGGUGACCCUAAGGGCCGGAACAUGAACUUCUCAAUGAAAUCUGAAGCUAAAGUGAGAGAAAAGAUGUAUUCUACAUGCAAACCACAGAAGGAGAAGACGUGUAUUGAAACUGUAGGUGAACACAUCAUCAAAGAGGGACUGACCAUGUGGCAUAAAAAUCAACAAAAAGAUUGCAAAUCCCCACGUCCUGAGCGUGCAGCAUCUGCAGCUCCCAAUGAGCAGGGUGGCCCUGUGUCAGACCCUCUCUUUGAAGAUCAGGAUACUUGCAACUUCAGCCCUCCUCUGUGCCACCCAGAAGAUCUUGAGAAUUCCAUGUGUGAUUCAGACUCCUGGGCCAAGGACCUGAUCGUAUCUGCCCUACUUCUGAUUCAAUACCACCUGGCCCAGGGAGGGAGAAUGGAUGCACAGAGCUUCCUUGAAGCUGCUAGCACCACCAACUUCUCCCAUGGCAAGUCCUGUGCAGCUCCCAAUGAGUCUAACCUUAAGUAUCCUCAUCAGGUUUGUGACCAAGAACAAACAGGAAAGAAGGAUCUCAUGAGUGUUUUCUUCAAUUUCAUCAGGAACUUACUUAGUGAGACCAUUUUUAAGAGUGACCGUUGCUCUGAACCCAAGGUGCGGGUUAAGGAAGAAGGUGGCAACCAGUGUGAAAGACCUGUGACUCCUUGUUCUACCAAGCCAUGUGAAGACAGUGAGGCUGGUGGUCCCUUCUCUGAACUGACCAAGAUGGUCGCCAGCCAGGUAGAUGGUCACAUGAGUGGGCAGAUGGUAGAGCAGCUCAUGGACUCCGUGAUGAAGUUGUGUGUCAUCAUUGCCAAGUCCUGUGACUCUUCCUUGGUAGAACUGGGAGAUGAGAAGUGUGGAGAUGCCAGCAGGCCAAGUUCAGCCCUCCCAGAUAGUUUAUAUGACUGCUUACCUGUGAAGGGCACGGGGACAGCAGAAGCUCUCCUGCAGAACGCCUAUCAAAAUAUCCACAAUGAGCUGAGGUGUCUGUCAGGACAGGUGCCUGAAAGUUGCUCAGCCCCCAAGGUGAUUGUCAGCAACCACAACCUAACAGACACAGUCCAGAACAAGCAACUGCAAGCCGUCCUUCAGUGGGUAGCUGCCUCUGAACUCAAUGUCCCUAUUUUGUACUUUGCUGGUGAUGAUGAGGGGAUCCAGGAAAAGCUACUCCAGCUCUCUGCUGCUGCUGUGGAAAAGGGACGCAGCGUUGGAGAAGUUCUGCAGUCAGUGCUGCGCUACGAGAAGGAGCGACAGCUUGACGAGGCGGUGGGAAAUGUCACACGGCUGCAGCUGCUGGACUGGCUCAUGGUAAACCUGUGACGGGAGCCCACUCGCAGCAACCGCUGCUCCUGAGUGGGCCCAGCCCUUACCUCCCACCACAGCCACCCUCCUCAGAUCCUCUCAGAGCCCUCAUGCUACCCUCACACCACUCUCAUCAAAGACGCAUCAUCUUCGAGUCACUGAAUUUUGAAGAUUUUCCUGUCCAUGCGAGCAAGGACGUAAAAUUAAAAAUUACAAUUAAAGGGC